AUGUCGUUAUCCCAAUCGUCUGUGAUGAAAUUAUACCAAUCUGUAAUUGAAGAUACAAUAAAUAGCUCUCGAGAAUUUUUUGCGGAAGAAGGUAUUGACGAUCAAAUUUUAUUGGAAUUGCGUCAAUCAUGGGAAUCUAAAGUAAUGGCCAGUAAAGCAGUUGAUGCACCACCUCCUCAAGAAGUGGCCCAACUUCCUAAAACUGUUACCUCAACUGUUGUUAAACCAACUAAAAGUCAAUAUGCUCCUACUAUAGUCAAUAACUCUGUUCAGCAAUUAAAAAUGGUCCAACAACAAAAAAUACAACAGCAGCAGCAGCAACAGCAGCAACAUCAGCAGCAACAUCAGCAACCACUUCAGCCACAGCAGCAGCAACAACUACCACAGCAGCAACAACUACCACAGCAGCAGCAACAGAAGCAGCAGCAGCAGUUGCAGCUGCAGAAGCAGCCACAGCAACAACAGCCACAACAACUACAACAACAGCAACAGAACACUCUGGUUUUACCUGCAGAUUAUGCAAACAAAUAUGUACCUAUUCAAAUAACCUUACCAGCUCAGACAGGUUCCCAAGAAACGGGUUCUAGAAUUCUUUCAAUUCAAGUUCCAAGUUCUGCCAUACAAGGAAAUAUGCUACAGAGUAUACUUAGUGGUCCAGUAAUAACUAAUAGUAUGGCAAUGGCUACUCCGUUAGCUACAUCUUUUUUACAACAGCAUGUCAAUAAUGUUCUUGCUGCUCAAUCAAUUUCAAGUGUUCAGACUGUUGUUCAACCAGAAUUUUUAUCAGAUGUACGAACUACACAGCAACAGCAGCAGCAGCAGCAGCAGCAGCAACUUCAACAAAACAAUCAAUCCUUUAUUAGUGGGAAUGUAACUGGUGGUGUUAAAAGAACUAUUGCUCAGAUAGACGGAGCUAAUGAUUCUUCAACUUCAGAUGAUGACGAUGAUGAUGACGAUGAUAUAGAUGAUGAUAUUGGUGAUAACGAUGAUGAUGAUGAUGAAGAUGAUGACAAAGAUCAGAAUAGUGCUUCUGAUGCUGAGCCAUUAAAUUCUGGUGAUGAUGUAAGUGACAUUGACAAUGGUGAAUUAUUUGAAACUGAAAAUGUUAUUGUUUGCCAAUAUGAUAAGAUUACUCGUAGCAGGAAUAAAUGGAAACUUUAUUUUAAAGACGGUAUAAUGAGUUUAAAUGGGUAUGACUAUGUCUUCCAAAAAGCAACUGGUGAUGCUGAGUGGUAA